AUAAGCCCAGUCAACUAAAGAAUCUAAAAUUACUAGCAACGUUUCUGGCUCUCUCGGAGUAGUAGAAGUCGCGUUUCUCUGCCAUUUCUUCAUUUUGCAUCAUCGCACAAAUCAAAUAGAUCUCAAGCUUCAGUUUGAUUUUUCAUCAUGUCGGGCAAGUACAUCCUAGGUGCUACAGUUGCAACAUUUGGAAUUGCAUGGGUCUGUGAUCAUUUUGUUUCAGACAAAAAGAUUUUUGGAGGUUCUGUGUGUGCCACAGCUUCAAACGAGAAGUGGUUUGAAGAAACCGACAAGAAGUUUCAGGCAUGGCCUCGCACUGCUGGUCCACCAGUUGUGAUGAAUCCUAUUAGUCGUCAGAAUUUCAUUGUGAAGUCUCGUGAGUCUUGAAUUUAGUUUUUCAUUGAUUUUGAAUUAAUUGGUUCACGUUUGUCAUGGAAUAUGGUGCCAUAAAUGAUAGCUACUCUUGAGAUGAAACUCUUGCUGUUAAAUUAGAGUUUGGGGGUUUUUACCUUGUGAAUGUAUUUUUUUGUCUAAAUAAAACGUUGAGGCAAUCUUCAAUUGGUUGAUGCAUAUUAUUAUUUUGAAACUCAUGUGCUAAGAAUAGCACUAAGUGUUUAUGGGAACAAUUUUUCCUUUAAA